GGCGCGCGCGCGCGCUCGCGCAUUCUCCCGACGCCUCGCGCUGCUGACCGGCUGAUCGGGAAGGAAACCUGUCACAUCGGCGCGACGAGCGAGUCAGUGAGCGGACCGACGGAAGGACGGACGGAGACCGGCGAGGAUGGAGGCGAUGAGGGCGGGCUCGUGCACGAGGUAACUGAGGUGGGGCAAGUGGCACGUAACCCCACCCCCUCACCCCACACACACCACCCUACCCCACCCUACCCUAUCUCUCGUUGGUCUUCUAUACCAUGAACUCUGGCUCUGCCCAGGAUGUGGCGGUGGAGCAUUUCCUGCGUGACAUAGAAAGGCGGGGCCAGCGGUUGCACUGCGCUGUGAUUGGCUGCGAGGAGGCACCUCUCCGUGGCGACAUGAACCUGCUGUACCGCAAGAGUCGACUGGACUGGAGACACCGAGAUCAGGAGGGCAAGAAGAGCUGUAAAGAUGCCUCCUCAGCGACGGUUGGGAAGGUGCGUGACCUGGCAUCGUUCCGCCGUCAUUUCCGCAUGGGCUUCAUGACGAUGCCCGCAUCUCAGGACCUCUCGCCGCAUUCCUGCGCCGCCGCCAUGGCGCCGCGCUCUCAGUCAUGCCAUGCCGUGGGCACUGGUGAGGGAGAGGGGCUUGAAAAUGGUGACGACCCUGACUCGGACACUCAGAUGCCCUCUCACACCGGACGAUGCCCCCCAGCUAAGCCCAAACGUCACCCGAGCACCCGUCUCAGCUCCACGCAGCAGCAGGAGCACCCAGUCCGUGGCGGACAUGCACCACCUGACGCCCCUCCACCUCCACCACCCCAACACCCACCCAAACACCCUGAGAAGAAGAAUGCAAUGAAGAAGUCAGACUCCGGUGAAUUACUGGGCAGGAAGGUGCCUCCCCAGAAGCCCAAACGGAGCCCAAGCACCCAAUUGUCCUUUGAUGCUCCACCCCCUCGGCUUCCACCCCCAGCCACGCCCCUGCCAUUCCAGAGUGCUGAGAGCACUGGUGACGAUGAACCUGUAUACAUUGAGAUGGUGGGUCAAGUGUUCACCCGAGAGACGCCUGGUGUGCCAACACCCUCGGCCACAACACCUGACUCUGACUCAGAUCCAGGCGAGGAGGCUAUCUACGAGGAGAUGAAGUAUCCAGUGGCUGAUGAUGCCCACCAGCGACGCCUCCCACCCAAGCAUGAGCGUGCCAAGUCAUCAAAAUCCUACACAUCCUCCUCUGUCUCUUCUUCCUCCACAUCUUCUUCACUCCCUCGGCCCGCAUCCUCAUCACCCUCCUGCCCUUUGCCAUCCUCUAAGCCUAAAUCUGCUGUCUCCAUCUCUCACUCUUCCCCCUUACCUUCAUCUUCCUGCUCUGCCUCCUCCACACCUGUACCUCAGCCUCUCUUAUCCUCACCACACCCUCCUCGAGCCCCUACCCCCUUCCUCUUACCAGGCACCAAAUCAGAGUCAGAGAUUGGCUCCAGUAAGAUCCCAGCACCUUUCCCCAACUUGCUUCAACACAAACCACCUUUGUUGGCUUUCCCACCGCCAAAGAGUGGCUCUGCCAAGCUGGGCUCCACCAGCAGCCCAUCACCAGCUAGCCUACCACCUACCAUUGGCACUUCUGUUUCAAAGGAAUCAAUGAGUGGAGACAAGGAAAAGGAGAGGAAGGAAGGGCCAGCACCAGGCCUACGAGCUCGGAGCCACUCAACACCUUUACCUCCAUCCUCAAAAUCUUCCUCACCAUAUUCACACCAUCAUCAUCAUCACCACCCACACCACCGGCCCUCACACUACCACCACUACCGCAAACCCGAGAAGGAGUCAAGUAAGGCCUCACAGGGUACCUCGCAGUCCUCAACACAAACUCAGACACAGGCCAAAGAGGGAAAGUCAGUCAGUUUUCUACUGAAGUCAGACAAAGCCGAGAGGGAAAGGGAGCGUGAGAGAGAGAGAGACCGAGACCGAGAGAGGGAUCGAGACAGAGAGAGAGACAUGCCAGUCACACAGUCGUCCAGUCAGGUUGACAUGGCUGCCUCAACUGCUGCCACCACAACCACAAGCGUUGCUCCAGCAUCACUGUCUUCAUCCACAUCAUCGGGGACGCCGUCCACAUCCUCAGCAUCACAGAGGCCUCCAUCUCGCUCAGUUCAGCGUUCACACACUCCUCACACACACCUCCCUGCUUAUAAGCCCCCACCUGCAGACAGCCCCCUGCUCUGGACAUAUCCAUCCGCAGGAUUCCGUCGUCCUCCAGCCUAUGACAGCCUGCGUGGUGGCACACCAAUGCCCUCCCUGCAGCCAGAGGGUAGUACCAAGGCUGGGAGCACCCAGGUCCCACAUGCCAAGGCUGGGUUCCUGCCCUGGGAUGCCAGCGGGAGUGGUCUAGGCUUCACUGAUGAUCAGGCGUACUGGCCCAUGCACAGGAAGCUGUCCUUCAGCCAUGGCAGCAGAGAGACAGAGAAAGACGAAGGUCGUGUGUGGAAUGGCAGUACCGAUGCUUUGCUAAGAAGAGACAGAGAUGAUGCUGGGGGUAGCGGCCGGGCUGGAGGAGUUUCUGGAAUUCCUGUGCGGGCAUCGGGAAGAAUUGGGCACAGUGAGAGUUUAGCAGGGGCGGAUGGGCCACCAGGCUUCAGGGUAAUGCCCCGCACAGGACUUCCCCUGCCAUGCCAGACCUUCCCUGCCUGCCGCAAUGGAGAGCUCGGUCGGCUUGGUAGAUCAUCGUCCACAUCUGGAGUGAGACAAGCAGGAGGGGAUGUUCAGAGACAGAGUAGCCUGCCAGCUAGAGAAGCUCUCACUCAGUUGCACGCUCUCUCUCAGGUGCCCUGCAGUCCAUCUCUGGCUCGUGCUCAGGCUCAGACCUUGACUCAGGCUCAGGCUCAGUUCCAUCUGCAGCAGCUCCAGCAGCACCACCUGCAGCUGCAGUUCCAGCACCUGGCCCAGCUGGCAGCGCAGGCUCAGGCCAUGCCGGGCACAGGCAGCAGCACCGCCGGCACGGCAGGCAUCACAGGCACAGCGGGCACAGCCACACAGCGUGACGGCAAGCUGCUGGAGGUCAUAGAGAGGAAGCGGUGCCUGUGCAAGGAGAUCAAAGCCCACCGGCGACCAGAUAAAAGCCUGUGCAAGCAGGACAGCAUGCCCAUCCUACCCAGCUGGAGGAAAACGCCUGAGCCACGGAAGACCGGCACACCGCCUUGUCAGAGACCGCAGGCUGUGGUGUGGGACACGGCUAUCUGACAAAGAGAGACUGAGAUACACUGAUUUGCCACUUUAUUAGCUUCUUGGUCCGUUGGAGGACGAGCGAGGUGGUUGGAGUGCCAAACCUAAAUCGCAGAGCGGCGUAGAUUGACACCCUGCAUGUUUCAGGAUGGUGGAAUCAGAUCGGAUAACCUGUAUCUCGGUGGAUCUGAAGAUGGAUCCAUGACUCUGUAUCAUAUGCUAAUCCGUGUACAUAAGUUAAAGUAUUAUUGCUUCUUCAUAUCAGUGACGGCGUCAUCAUAGGUGUCAAUCGUAUGGAAUUGUUGCAGAGAUUCGUUCGAGGUUGGUUAAGGUUCCAUCACUCUUACACACACACACACACACACACACACACACACACACACACACACACACAGGCUCUGCCAUUCAUAUCAGACACUAAGAGACAAACCAAGAACAGCUUUUGUUCCUUUGCUGUGUGGCCUGGAUGAUCGCGCUCCUCAAACGAAUAAACAAAAUGCUGGAACUAACCGCACAAUACAGAAAUGACAAAAACGCAAAACCACACAUGAUGUGCUAAAAUAAACACACAAGGGUUUGAAAUUGUAAAAUAGAUAUAUAAAACUGUAUUGAUUAUGUAGCAAAUCUUUCCACUUUCAUACUUGUAAUCGACAAGUAUACUGUAGCAUACAAUGUAUAAAAGUACAAGGUGUUUAAUUGUUUUAUAAAGGAAUUUAGUAGUUCUAUCUGUGGCAACCUGUCUACACUGUACCGAAUGGUUUGGCCCGGUGAAAUGCAAGCCCUCUUACUAAAGGCACGGUCACAGACAUAACAAUACAGUAUCUCCUUCUAGAAUUAUGCAAGUCCCUUUAAACAGGUCUACUUUUACUGCUUUUUUAAUCGAUUUGUUUAUUUAUGUACAGGAACCACCAGCCCAGUUUGGUCACUGUUUGGAUAUUUUGGAUACUUUUUUGCUGCUAUUGAAUUACUACUGCUGUUAUAAAUAGUUUGUCAUAUUCCUCACUACUGGUAACACUUCUCUUAUUAUACCUCUUACUUUUUUUGCUGCAUUUGACUUUUGUGUAUUUUUUAUUUUCUCGAGGUCCGAGAAAGAAUGGAGAACGGAGCUUGGCCUAAUUAUUGACGAGUAGAUCUUUCCGUGAUUGUACUAUGGCACGCAAGUGGGUUUUUAUUUUCUGUUUUCUUCUUGUGGUUGUGUUUAAACUUUGUUGUUUCUUUCUAAACAGUUACCACCAACUUGUACAGUUUUCACUUUAUCAACACUACUGAGAAACGGAAAGGUCACAUUGCAGCAUCAUCAACGCCGUUACUGUCUACAUGGUGUCAUUAUGGUGUUGCCCUGGUGUGGUUUGUGGUUAUGGAGUUACCAUAAAGUUAUUGUGGUGUCAUCAAGGACUUGUCAUGAUGGUGUCGAUCAUAGUAACACCAUUUGACCACUUUUUACCCUGAUGUUGUCAUGGUGUUACAGUGAGGUUACUAUGGUGUCAUCAUGGUGUUCGAAUGAUGCUACCUUGGUGUUGCUGGCAAUCACAUUAUUGCAACAUAACCAUUUUGAGUACAGUGAUGUUCUUCUGUGUACGGUGGUGUCUCACAGUGAAACUUUGAAGUUACUGACAUGGCAUCAUGAUGUUACCAAAAGGGUGGUGUCAUCCUAGUGUUAUUGUGAUCACUGGAAUGUCAUCAUGGUCUGAACUUGAGGUUACUAUAGUGUCAUCAUAGUGUUCUCAUGGUGUCUCUGACAGUCAUGGUAACACCAUAUGACCUAGUUGACCACUACCCUAUCAAUGCCCUUGUAUCAUCAUGAGGUCACUGUGGUGUCAUCAUAGUGUUACGCGAUUACACCAUGGCGUUCUCCUAAUGUUACCAUGGCAUUGUUGGCGAUCAUGGUAACACCAUACCACCCACAACAGGUGCAUGGUCAAGUUGUUACCAUGAGGCUGCUCUGGUCUCAGCAUGAUGUUACUCUGGUGUCACCGUUGUGCUCUCAUGACUGUUCCACAAUGUUGUUGACAAUCACCACAUGACCAAGAUGGGCACUAUCAGUACAAUCUCUGUCAAACAGGAAGCAGAAUCACCACAAAACAAGUAGAGGGCUGGUGCAAUGCAUGCUGGGAGUUCUCAAAGGAUUCCAACUUAGAGAAGGGUUGGGCUGUGUCUCGGUCUGAAUAAACUGUGCCCAAUUUGUAUUUCAAAUAUACUAAGUAAUCAUCUAGUUACAAUUUAUUACAAUGAAGGGGUAGAAUUAACGAUAAAACUAGUUUACAGAAGCUGUCGGCUUUGCGUGUCUACAUAAAUGGUGGCCAUAUUAUGAGUGCCAUAAUAUAUUGAUAUGGUAAGAUACGAUGUACCUUGGAAAUCAC